AUGAAUGAAGACAAUCAAAGCACGUUUAGAAAUAUCAGUCAAAAGCCCGGCCUGCAGAUAUGGACCAUCAACAACAUGAAGAUGGUGACUGUCCCAUCCAAGGCCUUUGGUAACUUCUUCGAGGGAGACUGUUACAUUAUCCUAUACACGAGUGCGAACAAGGGCUCUGCUGACAUCCACUACUGGAUAGGGAACUCCUCCUCUCAGGACGAGCAAGGUGCGGCCGCCAUAUUCGUCACCCAGCUGGACGAGCACCUGGGCGGGAGUCCGGUGCAGCACAGGGAGGUGCAGGGCAGCGAGUCGCCACGGUUCAGGGGCUACUUCAAGAAUGGCCUCAUCUACAAGAAGGGGGGAGUGGCCUCGGGUUUUAACCACGUCGACACAAACGCCUACAACGUCCUGCGAUUGCUGCACGUGAAGGGGAGGAAGCACGUCACAGCGAGAGAGGUGGAGGUGUCGUGGAACAGCUUCAACAAUGGGGACAUAUUUCUCCUGGAUAUGGGGAAGGCCAUCGUGCAGUGGAACGGCCCCCAGAGCAACAGGAGAGAGAAGCUCAAGGCAAUGUUGAUGGCUCAGGACAUCCGUGACAGGGAGCGAGGCGGUCGAGCUCAGAUCGGUCUGGUGGAGGGAGGAGACGAGCGAGACUCCCCCGAGCUGAUGGGCGUCAUGACCACGGUGCUCGGCCAGAGAAGUGGGCAGCUGAAGAACGCCACCUCUGACGACCAGCCCGAUGGGGUGAAGAACACCAGCGUCCGGCUGUACCAUGUUUUUGACAAUAGCGGGAACCUGGUGGUUCAAGAAGUUGCCACGCAACCUCUGACACAGGACCUGCUGCACUCCUCAGACUGUUACAUCGCGGAUCAGGGCGGCUCCAGUGUCAUGGUGUGGAAAGGCAAACAGGCCUCGAAGGAGGAGCGACGAGAAGCUCUGAACAGGGCUCUGGGCUACAUCAAGGCCAAGAACUACCCACCCAGCACCAGAGUGGAGGUGAUGAGCGAGGGGGGAGAGUCAGCCAUGUUCAAGCACUUGUUCAAAUCCUGGGUAGUUAAAGGACAAACCCAGGGUCUGGGUUCCACCUACAGCUCGGGGAAGAUAGCCAAGGUCGAGCAAGUGAAGUUUGAUGUGAUGCAGCUUCAUGCGCGUCCUGAACUGGCAGCACAGCAGCGAAUGGUGGAUGAUGCAUCUGGUGAAGUGAAGGUGUGGCGCAUCGAGAACUUGGAGCUGGCCGAAGUCAAUCCCAGCACGUACGGCCAGUUCUACGGUGGCGACUGCUACCUGGUGUUAUACACAUACCAGAUAUCGGGCCAGCAGCAGUACUUACUCUACAUGUGGCAGGGCCGACACGCCACUCAAGAUGAGAUCACAGCCUGUGCCUACCAGGCGGUCAAUGUUGAUAACAAAUACAACGGAGCCCCGGUCCAGGUCAGGGUGGUGAUGGAAAAGGAGCCUCGCCACUUCCUGGCUAUUUUCAAAGGCAAACUCAUCCUCUUUGAGGGCGGCACAGGGCGGCCGGGUGUGGUGAACCCUGACCCCGCUGCCAGGCUGUUCCAGGUAAGAGGAACUAAUGAGUUCAACACCAAGGCGACAGAAGUGCUGGCGAGGGCGUCCUCUCUCAACACCAAUGACGUGUGUCUGCUGAGGACGGAUCAGAUGUGCUACCUGUGGUAUGGAAAGGGCUGCAGUGGGGAUGAGAGGGUGAUGGGGAGAGCCAUGGCUGAUGUGCUGUCCAAGCAGGACAAGCAGGUGGUGAUGGAGGGCCAGGAGCCAGCUGAAUUCUGGGUAGCUCUGGGAGGAAAGGCCCCCUACGCCACUGACAAGAGACUGCAGAAGGAGGAGCCUCCUCACAGUCCCCGCCUGUUUGAAUGCUCCAAUCAGACGGGUCAGUUCAGGAUGACCGAGGUGGACGACUUCGCCCAGUGUGACCUGGACGAGGAGGACUCGAUGCUGCUGGACACCUGGGAGGAGCUUUUCUUGUGGGUUGGAAAAUUAGCCAACCAGUACGAGACCAAAGAGGCUUGGACCUGUGCGCAGGAAUACCUGAGGACCCACCCUGCUGGCCGUGACCCCGACACACCCGUCGUCUUUGUCAAACAGGGACACGAGCCGCCGACCUUCACCGGCUGGUUCAAUGCAUGGGAUCCUCAUAAGUGGAGCGACCUGAAGAACUCUUCCCUGAAUAAGAGUCCUGUGAGCAGGGGUGGUUACGGAGCUCCGGGGGGUCCUGUGAGCUCCCCUCCGCCCUACAGGAUCCAUGGAGGUGAUCUGUCACCGGGACCCUCUACUCCCACCAGCCCAUUUGGUGGCACCGUCUCCCCCUCUGCUGGAGGCUCUGGGACGUAUCUGGACCCUGAGCUCCUCCUCAACAAGUCUGCCAGUGAGCUGCCGCAGGGAGUGGACCCCGGCCAGAGAGAGGACUAUCUGUCCGAUGUUGAUUUUGAGAAUCUGCUGGGGACGAACCGUUCAGACUUCAAGCGUCUGCCCAAGUGGAGGCAGAGCGACUUAAAGAAGAAAUCAGGACUUUUCUGA